UUUUUUUUUUUUUUUUUUCUUGGUUCGUCGCCGUUCCUUUGCGCACAAUUCGUACCGAUACCCACAGUUAUGAGAAAAAGUCGUACUAUAUAAAAGGCUAUUGCUUUUCCAUCCCUCUUCAGCUCCAGUAUAUCCUACUCCAAGGUCUUGUUCUUCACAAAAAAUAAAAAAAAAAUAAAAAAUAAAUAAAAAAAAAAUGCCGCCUUCCGCUCCCACUGCUGCUUCCCCUCCUCCUCCUCCUCCUCCUCUUCCUCCUCCGCAGAAGAAACAUCCGCUUGAGAUCACGGAGGUCCUCAUCCUGGUCGGCCAAUUCAUCCCAUUCUGGGAUAUAAACCCCCGAGGUGAUCUAAUCUUCCUUCCAAAGAACCUCCUUCCCUGUUUAUCUGUCUCCAAACACUUUCGCAGGACCCUCCUGCCGAUGUUCUGGCGCAUCGUUGAUGGAUACAUCAUGUGUGCUGUUCCCUUGAGCCUCCUUCGAAAAUAUAAAGACCAUGUGAGGGUCCUCCGUAAUUUUUCUUAUCAGAGAAAUUUUCAUAAUCGACAACAGCCUCAAUAUGGACAGCUCAUUGAGCUUCAGUCGACCUAUAUUGAUGAAGCAAAGGAUCUGAUCCUGGCGAGUCCGUGUCUGCGGAAUCUCAGUCUAUGCGCAUGGAGACCCAGGGCAGAAGACGAAUUCCUGUUCAGUCAUCUAACCCAGUUGAGAACUCUUCAUCUGAUGAUGUCCCCAGUCGUCUUUAACGGCUUGGAUCCUAGGUUCCUGUCAAGGGCCCUUGAGCCGGUAUCAUCGAGCUUGGUGUCACUAUACAUGGACGCCAUUGUGUUUCAAGUUGCCUGUAUAGGACAACUGAUCCUCCCGGCCCUCAAGUUGUUGCGCCUCGACGGCGACUGUGUCGGGGUCUUUGAAGAGCUGCCGCAGAGAUGUCCGAAUCUAGAAACCAUUGAUGUGGACGUACUUAGCCAAUUGUCCGUCGGACAUCUAGUGCAGCUGUUCCAUUCCGGAGGCUGUCCCCGUCUCGUCAACUGGACCACAACUACAGGAGAUGAGAAGUUUGCUAGGGUACUCAGAGCCCACCGCCGGGGAAUCAAAGAAUUGGAAGCGGAGGUGGAUGUAGUGUCGGACGAGAUUAGCCAUGGGAUCAAGCAUCAUGCCGCGACGUUGAAAAAACUGAAGCUACUCAGCACCGUCGAGCAAGAGGAAACACAGCCCUUCCUGCUCGACAUCCUGCAGUCCUGUCAUCAGCUAGAGUCGUUCGAGUACGAAGACGGAGCGGACGAAUGGGACAUGACCGCGUAUUUGGACACGGCGAACUGGAAAAACCCUGGUUCGUUGAAGAGUCUUGCGUUCAAAAGCUAUGACUUGACGUUUGGCGGGAUAUGCCUUGACGGCCCUGAAGCGGCAGCCGCAGUGGGCGAUGCGGACCUGUCGAUCCUCGGCUGGAGAAUGCAGACAUGGGGAGCGACAUGUGGUCGUGACCACAGCCGGGUGUUCUUGCAGGCUGUGUUCAAACACGCACAGGCCUUUGAGCAGCUCAAGGCCAUCACCCUCAACGGAAUUGUCUACAAGAGGGGACUAUAGUAGCAUCGUUAGACUUUUAGACUUCGUUGAAAUAAAUGAAUGGGGUUCUCUUCAUGUUGAGAAUCG